AUGUGCUGCGUCUUCCUAGCCCUCCAGGCAGCGGGCUUGGCAUCAGGCCGGCGGCUACUUGACGAGCCCGCCGCCGCCGCCAGCCCGCCGCCGCCGCCGUCGCCGCAGCAGCAGCUCGCGGUGCUGCCCUCCUCGGCGCUGCCCGCCGACGAGUCGGGCACUAGCAGCGAGACGACGGCGCCCGGGACAGUAGAGAUGAAGAUCAUCAACGGCGACCCAGCGCCGGCAACUGACUAUGGCUUCAUGGUGGCUCUCCUCCAGAACGGCCGCUUCUUCUGCGGCGGCACCCUGCUGGAUGCCACCUCGGUGCUGACCGCGGCGCACUGCGUGGUCGACACGGGGCUGGCGGAGGACCCCUCGGGCUUCUCCGUCUGGCGCUCCGACGGCACCAUAUAUGAUGUUGCCAGCGUGUUUGCCCACCCAGGGUACAGCCCCGACACCAUCCCGCGGGACAACCUGGACCUCACGUUUGAGGGGGAGCUGCACGACCUGGCGGUGCUCAAGCUGGCGGCCGAGGUGCCCGCCGUGGAGGCCGUGGCCCUGCCCAACGCCACCUCCCCGCUGCCCGCGGGCCAGGCGCUGCUGGUGGCGGGGCAUGGAGACGUGGCCUACCUGCCGCCCAACGUGCCUGGCGUCCAGUGCCCCGCAGACUACACCGAUGUGCUGUGCGCCGGCGGCACCGGCGAAAACACGUGCAACGGGGACUCGGGUGGCCCGCUGGUGCUGCGAGAUCCCGCCACCGGCGGGGCGGUACAGUUUGGCGUCACCUCCCACGGCCCCGACUGCCUCACCCCGCACUACACCUACAGCGGCGUGCGGGACAACAUCACCCUCUCAUACGGCUACUACACAGACGUGCGCAAGUACCUGGCAGCCAUUCAGUCGUGGCGCGCCGGCACCCAGAUCGCGUGGCCGCCCGCGGGCGCCGCCAGCCCCGGCGCCGGCGCCGGCACGGGCGCCGGCACGGGUGCUGGCACCAACAGCGGCCAGGCGGGGCUGGUGCCCGUGGAGGUUCCCGUGGUGGAGGUGCCUGUCCAGGUGCCUGUGGUGGAUGGCUCGGAGUGGGGCUUUGUGGAGGGCACAGACCCCAGCCAGCAGCCCAGCUGGGGCUCCUCCGCGCUGGACAGCAUCUUCUGCAAGAUUUUCAGCUGCAACAAGUGA